AGCAAAAUGAAGUUCGCCAUCGCCAUCGCCUUCACCUGUCUCCUUGCCAGCGCCCUGGCCGCUCCUCCAGCCAUCCAGCAGGAUGCUCAGGUGCUGCGAUUCGACAGCGAUGUCCUGGCCGAGGGCUACAAGUUCGCCGUGGAGACGAGCGAUGGCAAGUCGCACCAGGAGGAAGGCCAGCUGAAGGACGUGGGCACCGACCACGAAGCCCUCGUGGUCCGCGGAUCCUAUGCCUAUGUGGGUGACGAUGGUCAGACGUACAGCAUCCAGUACCUGGCCGAUGAGAACGGUUUCCAGCCCGAGGGUGCCCAUCUGCCCAGGCCCGUUCAGUAA